UCUGGUUCUUCCAGCCGCGAGGCGAUGGCGAGCAGCAGCAGCAGCAGCAGCAGCGCGAGCUUCUCGUCCCUGAUGCAGCCACAAGUCAGUCGCAGCAGCGGCAGCAAAAGGAAGAACUUGCGAACGAGAUCGGGAAGAACAGUCCGGAUAAGCUGCGAGAAGUCCUCGGAAGAAAUGCGAGAUGUCAAAACUCUCGUCCCACCAAGUGGCGGCAGCUUUAGAAAGCAGCUCACCUCCAUGCCGUGCUCGUCGGGAUUCCGCGACUGGAGGAGCUUCCGAGCGGCGCUGCUGAUGAACGAGGCGGGGCAGCAGCAGCAGCAGCAGCCUCAUCAAGCUUGGGCUCACCAGAUCUCGUGCCUGGAGCCGGGCUCCGUGCUCGUCGCCACCAGCGCCGUGCAAAGGCACUCUUUGUUCCAAAACUCGGUGGUUCUCAUCAUCCAGUCCAGCGAGAGCUCUUGCAAGGGCCUCAUUCUCAACAAGCUCAUGCCUUUCCCUGUGGACGACGUCCCGUUGAUGGAGCCCGACGCGAUUCGCUUGGCCGAGCUUACGUGUCCCGCGUUUGUGGCCGGGCCGCACUUCCCGUUUUCCUACAAGCCACAAGUCCACUUGUUAACGUCCAGCAAUCACUUGCGAGGCUACAGAACGCUCACAGAUGGACUUUACCUCGGCCAAAGUCACACGCUGAGAUCGACCGUGAGCAGCGUCCAGCGCGGCCUUGUGGAUCCGGAGGACGUCCGGAUCCUCGUCAACGAGGUGGAGUGGGAGCGGCAGCAGCUGGAGGUGGAGAUCCGGGCCUCCAACUGGUGGAAGAUCUUGUCUUGCAGCAGCGACACGCUGCUUCAAGUUCCAGCGUCUCAGCUGUGGAGAAGUUUGACUAGGCACCUCGAGCAAUAGCAGAGAUUCGAUCGUAUCCCGUGUUGUACAAAGCUGGCCUGCACAAUGGAAGAGCACAGUGUCAGUCUCGCACAAAAAGUAUAGCAACGCGAUAAGGUACACGUUGCAGUGGAGGCAUUGUAGCUUUAGCGAGGACCGAAAGAACAGGCCAGGCACACAAAAGCAAGCAAGGAAAAAGCGCAGCCAGAGUGUUAGAAAACGAGCAACGAGUUUUAUUUGUAGACUUCCAGCUUACACACUCACGAAAUACUUACGACACCGUCAAUCCGCUUCUGGGACAUCGAGCAGAGUCUCGGUGGCGUUUUCCUUUGCGAGAGUUUCCUGGCAGAGCGACAAUUGGUUUCGCAAACUUCUUACGAGCUGAGUGAGUGUGUGGAUUUGUUUCUCCUGUAGGAAUAUGAUCUGUGAAGAAAGCGAAGUUUGUCCGGCUUUCUUUCUACCAGGAAAGUGUAAAGAAUACCUGUUCGUUAA